AUGACGAACGUAUUGCAUUUGCUGGUGUGUUUUCUUGCUUGUGCUCAGCUGAAGAAUCCUGUGCUUGUUGCAGUCAUUCUGAUCACAGGUAUUGGGGGGACGUUUCAUUACGGCUUCCACAUUUCUGUCCUCACCGCACCGUCGGACUACAUUAAAGAGCUGGUGAACAGCACAUGCGUGCAAAGAUAUGGCCUCUAUCUGGAGCAUUGGCAGCUCUCGCUUAUCUGGUCCUUCAUCGUCUCCACGUACUGCAUUGGGGGUCUGUUGGGCUCCCUGUGUGCCGGGCGCAUCGCUGUAACUUACGGCAGGAAGAGAUGCCUCAUGCUGAACAACGUGGUGGCCAUCUCUGGAGCCGUGCUGAUGGUGCUGAGCAAAACCGCACACUCGUUUGAGAUGAUCAUGGUGGGACGUCUCGUGUACGGCAUCAACUCAGGCGUGGCUCUGACAGCCCACACCAUGUAUGUGCUGGACUGUGCCCCCAAAAGUUUAAGAGGGAUGAUUGGUGCUUCUGUGGGCAGUUUCGUCUCAUUGGGGAAGUUUUUCGGCCAGCUGCUCGGCAUCGGCGAGAUACUGGGAUCAGAAACUUUGUGGCCCUUCUUGCUGGCCUUUAGUGCCUUGACUGCUCUUCUACAGCUUGUCUCUCUGUACUUCCUGCCCGAGUCUCCACGCUUCCUGCUCUUAGACCGGGGAGACAAAUCUGCCUGUGAGAAAGCUCUGCAGCAGCUGCGAGGUUCUCAUGCUGACUACAGAUCAGAGGUGGAGGAGAUGCUGAAGGAGCGUGUGGCCCUGCAAGGUGUGAGGAACCACAGCGUGCUGGAGCUCCUGCUCGCCCGCUCCGUCCGCUGGCAGCUUCUCACCGUCAUCAUCAACUUCAUCACACUGCAGCUGUGUGGCAUCAACGCUGUUUAUCUGUACGCGUCCGAUGUGUUCCGUGCUGCCGGAAUCCCAGCACACAACCUACGCUACGUGACUCUGGGGACAGGGUUGUGUGAAUCCUCCACUGUAAUCGCCUGCGGGCUGCUGAUUGAGCACACAGGGAAGAAGUUCCUGAUGGUUCGGAGUUAUUUGUGCAUGUCUGUCGCACUGCUCCUCCUCACGCUCACGCUGUACCUGCAGGUGCACGUGUCGUGGAUGCCGUACUGCAGCAUGGUGCUCAUCUUCUUCUUCAUCAUCUCCUUCUGCAGCGGACCAGCUUGUAUAGUAGCGCCCAUGCCUGGUGAGCUUUUCACCCAGUCCUUUCAGUCAGCAGCGUUCACUGUGGCCUGCACUCUGAACUGGGCGGGGCUGUUCUUCGUGGGGAUGGUGUUUCCUCUCAUAGUGGAGCAUUUAGACUAUUUCUGCUUCCUCAUCUUCUUCGCGUUCUGCUUUGCCACGGCGGUGUUCGUGUGGUACAACGUACCCGAGACGAGGAACAGAUCCGUAAUGGAGAUCGCCGCCGAGUUCGAGAGGAUGCACAGCAAAGCCAAACACUCCGAGACCAAACUCAAAGCUCUGCAAGCUGCACACACACAGACUGGACCGUGCACCAAACUCUGAUUUCACAAGCUGUAAACAUAUGUAGGUGGUUUAGAAGGCUGAUGAAUAAAACACUGGACGCUCUGAGUGCAUUUAUUAAACGUUUCUGUUUAAUCAAUCAGUUCUGCUCUGGCUAAAGAAAAAAGCUGAAAAAAUAAAUUCAUGUUCUAGAAAUAUCUCAACAUGAGAACCUUAGACUUAGAUUUUUCUUGGGAGUUGUUUGUAUUUUAAUGGGUAAUUAUUUGUGUUGCA